AAAUCAUUGGACGAGUAUUCUUUGCCUGCGAAUUUAUCAAACUAUCUAUACAAAAUAUUCCAACCUAAAAAUAAUAUAUCCGGCGUCAAUGAAAAUUCAUCUUCACCACCGGCGACUCAUUUAAAUGCGACUGGUGGAUAUGGGCUAAAAUUUAAUCAUGAUAAAACAUAUGGAAUGGAUUCGUACGAAUCUGAAGAUUCUGAAAUGAAAAGGAGACUUGAGUCUUCUAUUUUAGGGUCUCGCAUGGAUAAUACAUUACCUUUAAGACCCAGUCUUGCAUCAUUGGUCGUUUUUAUAACAAAUGUUGAGGUUACCAUAUUUCAUGAGACUGAGGAAAAAAUUGAUUUAACACAAUCAAUGCGUUCGUAUCAAUUUAACAUGUCAGAUUUUAGGUUCUUCACAGUAAUAAAGCACGAAGGCAAAAAUGACACGUAUGUAGUUUUGGAUAAUGACCAAUUUAAUUUUUUGGAUACGACGCCCGGCCGUGAAAAGACACAGAUUAUAUGUCGAACAUUGAACAAAGGCAUCAAGGCAAAGAAUACUCGUCCAAUGAUUUCUUUAAUCGCACUUAUCUCACUUGAUGUUGAUGUGAAUACGAAAGAAACAAAUUUAACCUUAUCAAUAAACGGUGUAUCCUUAAAGCAUAAUAAAAGUUCGCAAUGGAUCGAAGACCUCCUUAUGUUUUUACAAGAACCAGAGAUGGAUCCAUGUUUCGACCUUCCCAACCAAUAUACCAAGUUGUUUGUUACUGUCAAUGAUUUUUCAAUUGAUUAUAAUCCUUAUGAUAACAACGGAAGAAUUAUUAUUGUAUUUGAUGGUCUGAAGGCAUCAAGUAUUAUAACUGAUUCGCCAAUGUUUAAAGCCAAAUUUAUUGUUCAAAAUUUAGACUUAAUGCUUGUUGAUGAUGUCAAAACGCUUAAUAAUGAACGAUCCAUUAAUCGAUUAGGUUCAACACCUUUAAGCGUGAAAAAAUAUUGGGAGUCUGUAGGUUUUGUAAAAGCUGCAUCACUAGAUUUCGCUGAAAUUAUACUGCAAGCUAACAAAGGAGAAAUAUAUCCGCAUCUAUAUCUUGAACUUACAAACGAAAACCUCACGAUUGAGACAUGUGUAGAUACUCUUCAGACAUUGAUAAAUUUGAUAAUUCCCAAAACAGAGUAUCCUUUAGAAACGGGAAAAGGGAAACGAGUGCAUCAUGUGACUACCAGUACAAAAGAUAUCUACGAAAAUUCAGAUGAACCUGAUUAUCGGAACAUGUUAGCGAGUCUUGAUGAAGAAGCGUUCAAGCGACCACAACAAAAGUCAUUCGGAUCAAAAAUAUCUGUUAGUAAUCCUAAUUCUAAUUUGGAAUUCCGUGAAGAUUUCUAUGCAAUCGAGGAAAAUGAUGGAAUACUCGAAUCAGAUAUUAAUUUUGAGAACGCAUCCGUAGUUGAUGAUGAUGAUUUCAAUGAUGACUUUAUAGUAGACCAGUCAAUACAUGUCAUCCCAACGUCAAAUCCUCAGCAAACAGUUACAAAAGACUCAGAUGUGAUUUCUAAUGAUGACGAAGAUUACCCACUAGAUUUAGAGCCUCUUAAUUUUGUAGAGGAUCACUUCUCUGUUCCGAGUGCAAGUGAGCUUGAGGAAGUUAGACAAGACUUACCAAAUAGUGUAACAAGGAUCCGUCUUCGUGAUUUUAAUAUAGUGUGGAAAUUAUAUGAUGGCUAUGACUGGAAACACAAUAGAACUAAAGCAUCUGAGGCAUUAAACAAUGCAAAAAAUUCUGCAGCUGCUACUAAUUUAUCAGGAGCUUCCGCAGGUGAAACGCGUGGUCCAGUGGAUACUGAAUUAUCCAGUCCAUUUGACCGCUUAUUAUUUGUAGGCUCGCCAUUUAAGAAUCCUGAUCAUGAUGGAUCGUCACAAUUAGUGUCUGAAUUUGAAUAUAUAGCAGAUGAUCAUAGUGAUACUUCCAGUCAAGCAAGCUCGAGAGUUGAUUCUGAUAAUACUAGUAUUCGUGAUGGUAAACGACCUGAACAAAAGAAUCGUUCUUCUCGGCCAAAAUUCAGCCGGUCAAAAACAAGCAAGCUUGACAUUAAAUUUGAUAAAAUCAAUUUAGAAUUUGAUUUAUUUCCAAAAGAUAACUUGCUAGCAUUCCGGUUAUUGUUGCUUAUUAAAGAUCUAGAAAUUCUUGACAACAUAAAAACCUCCGCAUGGCAUAAAUUCUUGUCGCACUUACGUCCAGAUAAUGACACUAAUCCUCGUGAGAAUAAAUCUAAUAUGGUUAAGAUAGAAUUAAAUAGUGUUCGUCCUAUACCAACAGAUCCUGCAGAAGAAUUUCGAUUAAAGGCCAAGCUCUUACCGUUAAGGUUUUACAUUGAUCAGGAUGCACUAAAUUUUGUAAUAAAGUUUUUUUCAUACCAAGAUCCUAAUAAUACGCCUCAGCAACAGGCUGAAGACGAGACAUAUUUCCAACUCUUUGAAAUUCAACCUAUUGUAAUGAAAUUGGAUUAUAAACCAAAACAUCUUGAUUACUCUAGUUUAAAAGGAGGCAAUUUGGUUGAAUUAAUGAAUAUUUUCCAUCUUGAAGCUGCGGAAAUGACACUGCGGGGUCUUAAGCUAACAGGGGUUAAAGGUGUAUCACGUUUAUUAGAAGACUUGGGGGCAGCAUGGCUACCGCACAUAACUAAUACUCAAGUGCCUAAUGUUGUGUCUGGUGUUGCUCCAAUCCGAUCUUUGGUAAAUAUAGGUUCAGGGGUUGCAGAUCUUAUUUUAUUGCCAAUUGAACAAUACAAGAAGGAUGGAAGAAUUAUUAAAGGUCUUCAGAGAGGAACACAGUCUUUCGCCAAAGCAACCACUAUGGAAGCAAUUAAAUAUGGUGCUAAACUUGCCGUUGGAACUCAAAUUUUACUUGAGCAGGCAGAAGAAAUACUUUCUUUUGAAUCCCAAACCGGAACAAGCAAUAAUAACGGUUCAAAUAUAGAUAAUGAAGAGUUUGAUAGCGAUGAUGGUAAAGAAUUUAUCAGCAAGUAUGCUAAUCAGCCUGCAGACAUAAAUGAAGGAAUUGAGGCUGCUUAUAAAAGUUUAAAACAAAAUAUUGGGACCGCAGCACAUACAAUUUUUGCCGUUCCAAUGGAAGUAUAUGAAAAGACUGGAACUCAGGGAACAGUUAAGGCUGUGAUUCGUGCAGUUCCAGUUGCUGUAUUAAAACCAAUGAUUGGAGCCAGUGAAGCAGUAUCUAAAGGCUUACUUGGCUUGCGAAACACAAUAGAUCCAAACAAGAAACUACAAAAUGAAGAU